UUACGUUUGGCUUAUAUCUGGUAUUACCGUAUGACUUGUUUGAAUCUAUAUGUUGCUGUUUAUUGCUUCUGGGUACCUUUUGUAUCUGAUUGGAUAUUUUAUAACUUAAUAGGACUGCUUUCUGUUUGCUAGAUGUAUGGUUUGUUCUGUGCUGUUCUUGAAGGGUGUGGCUAUGGUGAAUCUGUUUUUUUUAUUGCCAAGAGUUUUAGUUUCUACCGUUUCAAAUCAAUUUCUUCAUGGGUUUAACUGGGUUUCGCUAGGUACCUCUGAAUUUUCUCUUCUUGGAAACGCAGAUGUUUUGUGUGCAUAACCAGACUACUAUUAUUAAUUAAUGGAGAAAUUAGUCAUCCUACAGAGUCUAGAAGUUAGUUAUAUGUUAUAGGGAGCAAGUUGCUAUAAAAAAAAGCGCAAUACAUCUGUUGUGUAUUAAUUUUUUUGGUAGAUGGCAUAUCAUAUUUAUUUUCACAUACUUAAUGUGCUAGUGGCUCUUCAUCUGUUGUGUAUUAAUAAAUUUGUUUUGUUGGUAUUGACUAUUGAAGUGUGGAAUCAUAUCCUUGGCUUAAGUUAGAACAGGCAAUCUUGGACAGCCUUCUUAAAUUACCAGAGAACAGGGAAUGUGCUGAUUGCAAAAGCAAAGGCCCGCGAUGGGCUAGUGUGAAUCUGGGAAUCUUUAUAUGCAUGCAGUGUUCAGGCAUCCACAGAAGUCUUGGAGUACACACAUCAAAGGUGAGAUCUGCUACCCUGGACACAUGGCUUCCAGAGCAGGUUGCCCUUGUCCAAUCAAUGGGGAAUGAGAAAUCAAACAGCUAUUGGGAAGCAGAGUUGCCUCCUAAUUAUAACAGAGUUGGGAUUGAGAAUUUCAUCCGUGCUAAAUAUGAAGAGAAGAGGUGGGUUCCUAGGAAUGGAAAGGCAAAAUUCCCAUUUAGUGCGAGCGCGGAAAAGACUUCAGAUAGACUGGGACAUGGGAGUACUAGGAAUAAAUAUUUUAAUAGAAGCAAUGGCGUAUAUCAUGUUAGGAAAAUCUCUCCCCCGCCUGUUGCAAAUUCCAGUAUUCCUGCUUCAAGAAACUGCAGCACUGAACAUGUAACAGUGACCAAGCAGGAGCAGGUUAAACCUGAUACGAGAAAGAAACUUUCACAGAAUUCAGAACCAGCAGUGCUAAAAGUUGAAUCCACAAAGCAUGAAGAUACUACUACGCAGGUUAACUCUGAUAUUAGAAUAGAACUUGGGCAGAAUUCAGGACCAGCAGUGCUAAAAGUUGAAUCAGCAAAACAGGAAGCUACUACUACCACGGUUGUCACUCCAGCCAAAGUGGAUUAUGCUACAGAACUUUUUAAUCUGCUUUCCAUGGAGAAUUCUAUAGAAAAUACCUCCAAAACUUCUGCUGCUGAAGCAAAAUCAACAACAGAAAUGAGAGAUUUAUCAAAAUCUCAGAAGCCUCAGAAACAGUCUAAUGUGGUCUCUCUUCAGCAACAACAGGCUGCAUUACCAUCGCAACAACAGUCCUUCAUGGCUGCUCCAGUAGGAUCAGCAAACAUUAACAGUAUGUCCCAGUCUUUACCCAUCGGUGGAUAUCAACCUGGCUACAAUGGAAUUUAUCCCAUUCAGAGCUGGGGAAGCACAGGCCAUAAAGUUCCUGGAGUGGUGACGCCUAUUGCUCAUCUACAUAAUUAUAAUCAGUCACAGAUUAGAAACGACCAGUACAAGCAUUCAGCAGGGAAUUUAGUAAAUGCUUCCACGCCCAGCAUGUAUAUGCCUGCCCAAGUAGUUUCCAUCAAUGGUGCGACAAGGAUCAGCUCAAGUAAGCCGCCCUCAACAUUCUCUGUCACCCCAACUCCAUCAGGUAAUGAUUAUGAUUUCUCAGCGUUAACGCAGCUGAUGUUGACAAAACGAUGACAAAUUAGUUAAACCACAGAGAAUAAAAGUAAAACGACUGCUUGGUUGUUGGUUUGGGAUCUGGGAAAAUAAGAGUCGGGGGUUCUUAUAAAUUUGUUGGGUACUGGCUUCAUUUGUGUCGUUUGAUUGUAUCGGUGGAAUAAUCAUUUAUUCAUUUGUGUCAUUUAAUUGUAUCGGUGGAAUAAAGAUUGGGAUGGGAGGUUGUAUAAUGCAUUAGUUCAUCAAUUUCAUUUUAUUUGAAGAAUAUACCCUAAUUAGGCUGCUGAAAGUACAGAAAUAUCUGUGUCUCAGUUAAGACACAGAAAUAAGCAUAAGCUGCUUCAUUUGUUUA